AUGCUGCUGUCCCCCCGCAGCCCUCUCCGGCCCCUGUGGUCGGUGGACUUGGUCCGGAGUCACGACGCUUUGCUGAACGCCGCGCGGAGAGACGCGGGAAUCCUCCUCCGGUCCAUCGGCAUCGCCUCCAAACAGUGGAUCCGCCGCCCGUCCAACAUCCUCCUCCUGUACUACCGCUGGAAAUGGGCGGAUGCGCUCAACGAUAUUGUCCAUCUGUACCGCAGAUGGAAUGGCAGUGAGUCAGCCGAGGCAACCAACAGCAUCAACGAUCUUCAGAGGAGCUGGAGCGCGAAGGUACAUGCCUUACACAGAAAAGGGGUUACCCUGAUUGAGCUAAAUUCUCUUGAUCAGCAACACGUGAGGUUUAUCUCAGAGUUUAUAUAUCUGCAAAAGAGAAAUUUACGACACGCAGCAGUCACCACAGAGGAACUGAUACACAUGCAUAACAAGGAGAGCCGAACUGUGGGAAGCUGUAUUUCAGAAUCCGACACUGAACAGUCCUUAUUCUGCGUGUUCCCAGAGUCGCUGGUCUGUUUGGAAAUGUUCUGCAAAGAUGUGGUGGAAUUGGCGGAGGAACUGUACAGGAACUCUGUCGAUGUUCUGGAAACAAGUGGGGAAAUCAUGCCCGACCCUGACCAGGAGUGGUGGAAAAUAAAUCUGGCCGAUUGGAUGCAGUACGUUACCAAAGUGCUGCCCGCCUUGGAAGAUACAAUCAUCAACAUUCGCAACAUCACCCACCAGUUUCUCGAAUACUUUAAAACAACUACUUUAGCCUGCAGCCUGAAGAGCCAUCCGGAUGUUGGAUACUACGUGAGUGACUACAGCUUCAAAGAGGCGUAUAUAAAGAAAGUGUGGAGUUUAUAAUGGACACUGUUAUUAAAAGUGCUAAUAAAAGCUGAAUAAAUCUCCAGAAGAGUCUGUGCCAUGUCGCUGAAUGAGAGUGAAAUGAAAGAAAUAAUUGUGAUUAGCAUCUUGUCUUGAAUAACUUGGGAGGGGCAGAAAACAGCCAACACCAAGUGUCAUUCCAAAAAAAGAAUAAAUACAAGGAGGCUUUUGUUUUAAGGAUGUUUCGCAGCAUGGUCCACAAUUCCAUGUGAUUAUAUUUACUAAGUUAGUUGUCAAACCAUUGACCUGCUUCCGCAAAUAAGCUUUGAAAAGCGCAAUGAUUGUACGCAGUAAUACCUCAUGCAAAAGCUAAAGUUACUUUUUUUUCUCC